GUUACGCUGAUGAUGAUGCCUGGAACCAGAGCAGAGGAUUGCGGGGAGGGAGAAUACUUACAUGAAGGUCACUGCUGCGUAUCUUGUCCAGCAGGUACUUAUGUUGCUCAGCACUGCAGUGCUCCGCAUUUGAGAGGAAGAUGUGUCCCUUGCACCGAAGGAGAGGGUUAUACCGCUCAUGAGAACGGCUUGGAAGAAUGCUUGUCAUGCAGACAGUGCAAAGAGGAUCAGAUAACUUUGAGACCCUGUACUCUGACGCAUGAUACCGAAUGCCAAUGCAAACAAGGGUAUUUCUGCCCUGCCGAGGGCUGUGAAAUAUGUCAGAGAUGCAGUACAGUGUGUCCGGAAGGGAAAGAAAUUGUGCAGAAUUGCAAUGCUACUAUGGACCUAGGAUGUGGCUUACCUGAUCAAGGAAGCACAGCUCUUAUUUGGAUUAUUGUGAUUAUUUUUGUUGCUGCUGUUGGUUUGUUGCUGCUCUUUAUAAUUAAAAAGCUGAAGAGUGAUAAAGCUGCUUCAACUGAUAAAGAUGCAGAGAAAGGUCUGGAUUCUGAGGGCAGUACUGAAAGCCUGAUUUUACCAGAAUUGGAGACACCUGCAAAUAACGCAGCCAACCCAGAGGGUGAGAACUCUGGUGAGAGCCCAGAGGGCCAAGCGCAAAUCAACAUUAACUUGGAAGUAAAAAACACAUCACCAGAGGAAAACAGUGUUGUGCUUUCUGAGCGGGGCACCAUCCUGCACGGGGGCUGGAGACGCCACAUGAAAAGGUGCUGGAGGAGGAUCGCUGAGUCUUCAAUACCAGCAAAAACUGGGCAGAAUCCUGCUUUUCAUCAGAAUGCCCCGUCUAAUGUACCAAGUGGUAGGAUGCCAGCAAAUCGUAUGGUACAAGAACCAACGUGUCAAAUAAUUGUUAAAGAUCUGUCUCAAAAAGAACUGAGAGAUAGCUUUUGGGCAUUUAUAAAUGAAGUACCACCGAAAAAAUGGAAGCGGCUUAUGAGAACGCAUCUGCAGGAAAAUGAUAUUGUUAAAAUUAUUUAUGACUUUCCUAAUGAUAUAGAAGAGCAAUCUUAUCAGAUGCUUCUCACCUGGAAAAACACACUGGGAGAGAAACAAUCUAUUAUUAAGUUACUGGAUGAGUUAAGGUAUCUAGAUACCAAGGCUUAUGAUAACGUAUUGAACACUUUAAAAAGUAAUAACAUUAUAA